GCACCGACGACGGCAGCGGCCAGCUCACCGACUGGCGCUCACAGCUCACACCUCCCACCGCUCCUCUGCAUCCCAUCUCCACCCCGCACCGCACACACCGCACAGCCCAGCACGCCGCUGCACCGCCGCCGCGCAGCCGACCACCCGCGCCGUCUCUCUUCGUCUCUGCUCGCCGCUGCCUGCCGCGCUGCUUGAGCACCGCUGCCGCCGCUGCGCACGCACACGACUCUCACGGCCGCCGCCUCGGCCCCAGCGCGCCGCCCGCCGCGCCGCAGCCCUGCUCCCUGGAUCCCACGUUCAUGCCCUCGGCAGCCUCGCGCGCUCUCCCGAUCUCGUCUGCCAUCGCCGUUGACAGUGUGCUGCAGCAGCCGCUCUACUCCAACGUGCAGACCAGCACCACCACACCCGCUCCCUCGCCUGGCUCAACACCGGGCACAGUGCCGCAGCCACAGCCGAUUGCGAUGCUGUCCGCUACAGCCGGCGCCUCGGGCUCCGGCUCCAACGCCGCGACCGCGGCGACGUCCACGCCGGGCGCCGAUGCCAUGAGCACCUCUGCGGGCCAGAGCAGUGCGGCCGACACCGGCAGCGUCAUGACGGAGGACGAGGAGGACCUGGAGGACUACUGCAAGGGCGGCUACCACCCGGUGCACGUCGGCGACACGUUCAGCGACGGGCGGUAUCUGAUCGUGCGGAAGCUCGGCUGGGGCCACUUCUCGACUGUGUGGCUGGCGCGGGACCACAAGGCCAACCGCCACGUCGCACUCAAGGUCGUCAAGUCUGCGCCGCACUACACUGAGACUGCGCUCGACGAAAUCAAGCUGCUGCAGCGGCUGGUCGCCGCGAACAAGACGCAUCCCGGCCGGCGGCAUUGCGUCUCGCUGCUGGAUCACUUCAAGCACAAGGGCCCGAACGGCUCGCACGUGUGCAUGGUGUUCGAGGUGCUGGGCGAGAACCUGCUCGGCCUGAUCAAGCGCUACCAGCACCGCGGCGUGCCGCCGCACAUCGUAAAGCAGAUCGCCAAGCAGGUGCUGCUCGGCCUCGACUACAUGCACCGCGAGUGCGGCAUCAUUCACACCGAUCUGAAGCCGGAAAACGUGCUCAUCUGCAUCGACGACGUUGAGGCAGUCGUGCAGGCUGAGCUGCGCACGAACCCGGCGGCUGUGCCGACCAAGCUCGUCGGCGUGCCGCCAAGUCAGGGCCGCGGCGGCGCGCAGACGCCGCGUCGCGACGGCAUCUUCAUCACGGGCAGCCAGCCGCUUCCGAGCCCAAGCUCAAGUCUCGGCUCCAGUCCGAUGUUCGACAAGUGGGCGUUCGGCAUGUCGCGCAUCGAGAAGCCCGGCAGCGACGCCGGCGUCAAGAGCGACGACAGCGCAGGGCCGACGUCGAUGGACAGCACGCGCGGCGUCAACAUGGACCGCGGCAAGACUGCCGAUGCCAUUGCGCACAGUCUCAGCGAGCUGAGCACCGGCGGCAGCGGCGGCGGCGGCCGCAGCCUCGGCAAGGCGGCAGCGUCGCCUGGCGGGCAGGCCUUCGUGCACCGCGCCGUGCACACCGCGCCGCAGGGCCCGUCGCUCCUCUCUCAGCAGGCGCCGAGCGCGCCAAAGAGCGCUGCACCGGCUGCACCCGCAGCAAACGCCGCUGCUCUUGCCCCGCCAGAAGCUGGCGCGCUUCAGUCGGGCGGCAGCUCGAGCUCUUCCGUCUCUGCCAUGUCCACCGACGCACCAGCAGGCAAGGCGGGCGCCGAUGGCGCGCCUGCGUCUGAUGCCGCUGCCGGCGAGUACCACCCGCCAGCCGUGCGCGCCGGCGACCCCACCACGCUGCCGCCGCCGCCGCCGUACGACCCGAGCUCGCUCGAGCGCAUCACUGUCAAGAUCGCAGACCUGGGCAACGCCUGCUGGACGGACCACCACUUCACCAACGACAUCCAGACGCGCCAGUACCGGUGUCCGGAGGUCAUUCUGGGCGCCAAGUGGGGCCCGAGCGCCGACAUGUGGAGCGCCGGCGCCAUGUUCUUCGAGCUGCUGACCGGCGACUACCUCUUCGACCCGGCCGCGGGCUCCAAGUACAACAAGGACGACGACCACAUUGCGCAGAUCAUCGAGCUGCUCGGCGACUUCCCGAAGAGCCUCGCCUUCUCGGGCAAGUACAGCGCCGACCUCUUCAACCGCCGCGGCGAGCUGCGGCACAUCCACAAGCUGCGCUUCUGGCCGCUCAUCUCGGUGCUGCAGGAGAAGUACCUGAUGCCCUUCGACGAUGCGAACCGCCUGUCCUCGUUCAUCCUGCCGAUGCUGAAGCUGCAUCCCGACAAGCGCUCGGCAGCCAAGGAUCUGCUCGAGCACGACUGGCUCGAGGGCAUCAUCGUCGAGGGCGAGGUCGAGCUGAUGCGCCGCCAGGCUGCGUUUGGUCCGGACGCCGACGUGCCGAUGACCGGCGACUGGACGCCGCUGCCUGGCGAGGAGGACGACGCGCUCGACGCGCUCAAGCCGAUCUCCACCUCUCUCGCCUCCAGCCUCAACUCGCCGCAGCAGGGUGCCGUCCACCUCAACCCGCAGGCGCUGCAAGAAGCCCAGCAGCGGGCGGCUCUCCACCACGCCCAGCAGCAGGCGCAGCAGCAGGCAAACGCCAAGCCCACGCCCUCGGCCACGACCACCGCCGCGAGCCCGGCGCCCGGUGCUGCGCCCAGCGCCACGCCGCGCACACCCAGCCAGACGCAGGCCAAGGGCCGCGACUCGAGCUCUGCCAGUCCUGCACGCCUCGCACGCGCCGUCGCCACGACUGGCGCCUAAUGGUCCCUCGCCGCACACCUAAUCCUGCUCGUCGCUACCCCUGCUGCUCUCUUGCUCUCCGCGCCGGACCUGGAUCUACUCUAAGCCUCGCUUCUCUCGCUUCGCUAUACCCUCCUCGCCCUGCCCGUCCCUUCUGAGCAUGGCUCAUCUGUCUCUGCGCAUCGAGAGGGGCGACGGCGCCCACUGGCCGCCGGCCGCCCGACCUGCACCUUCCUCCUUCGCUCUGUCGCACCCCAUCACUGCCCCCUGUCAACCUUAGAGAUCUGCGUCGCCCCUGCCCGCCUUUCACCUGACCUCGUCCCGCCGCACCUGAACCCUCCAAUGCAGCCUGCCUCUCCCAGGACCCGACGUCGCGCGCUUGUGUAUAC